AUGGAAGAAAUUUUGAACAGAUUUGAUUUAGACGAUAGCCUCAGAUAUGUCAGGUAUGGGACUGCAUGGCGUGAACUUUGUCCCAUGCAGUGACAUUCAAAAUUGACUUUAAGUAAUAUUAUAUUAAAAAUAUUAAAGUGUAUAUGACAUGAAAUUUCUUAUUUUUUUAAAUGAAAGAACUCUUUAAGUUGUAGUGUAACUUAUCUUGUUUUUAUGGUUUGUUCCCGAGAUAUUUCAAUUUGCUUGAUAUGUAAGUGAGUGUGAAUAUGUCCGCUAAUUUAUGACGUCAUGUUGGUUGCAAGGUGAAGCUCGACUUACACUGGUUAUAAAUGUGUUAACACUAAAAACUGUUGAUAUCAGUUCACGUUUUUCUCCAGUGUUUCAUCACAUUUACCAGUGAGUGAAGUUUGAAAUUAUCAUUUGGGAUGAUAGCAGUGGUAUUCAACCAUUUUGAAGAGCUAGCAACCAACAUGACGUCAUAAAUUAGCGGACAUAUUCACACUCAUUUACAUAUCAAACAAAUUGAAAUAUCUCGAGAACAAACCAUAAAAACAAGAAACUGAAAAAUAAGUUACACUACAGCUUAAAUAAGAGUUUUUUCAUAUAAGAAAAUAAGAAAUUUCAUUUCAUAUACACUUAAUGUCUUUAAGUAAGAGAAAGCAUUACCUUUACUAUAUUUGAAAUAUUUUAAAGCUUCUAAGUAUGCAACGACCGCAGAGUUUCCACUGCGCAUCCAUGUGACGCGUUCUGCGUCGAGAUAAAUUGCAGAUGAACAAUGACGUGUAGCUGAGACUGGAAGAAUUAGAAUAUGAUAUUCACAUAUGAAAGUAUUCAGUGAUUGACCGAUUGUGCCACAAUCGGAAAUUACCGAUUAUUCAUGCCACAAUCUGCCAGAUACCGAUGCCAAUUUUAUAAAGACGUCAUAAUAUCAAUCGACUGGGUGAAGGUGACAUCAUUCAUGACGAUUUUUUAACAAUAAUUUUCAACGUAACGUAGCAUGUUACUGCACCAAUCGUUAAAAUUGUUAAUAAAUGGCACGCUUCACGCAUUAUUUUAACAUAUUGCGUUAAAACGCAACGUGUAUCAACGUGCAAUGCAUACACUUUUUAAAUUAAAGUGUGUUUUUUCUCAACAAUCGAUUUUAGAAAAUCGGAAUUAUAGGUAAUUCUACCGAUUCCGAUUGUCUACCGGUCCGAUAUUUCUUUCUAAGACCUCACGCUCGGUUAAUCUUCUGGAUGAACAUUUUAGUGCAUCCGAUCCGGUCUCAGCUACAUGUAGAACAAAUUUGGCUAACGUUUGUUUAUACCUAUUUGACAACUUUAGAUCACUCACAUGCCUAGUUAACUGUUGUUUUAGCUUACAUAUAAAUAGAACAAAGGCAACUAAGGCCUGCCUCAAACGUCGCGCGUCCCAUGUGCCCAACGCAUUAGAAACAGUAGAUAAUGAGGCAUUUUAGCUGAUUAUCUAUUGUUUUUAAUGCUUUCAGCAAAUGAAAAGCGCGACGUUUGAAACAGGCCUAAGCGUUAGAAUUAUGUAGGCUACACGAGUGAUAAUAUCUCUUAGGCCUAUACAUAAUUCUAAUGUUUAGUUACCUUUGUCCUACUUUAUGCUUCGGUAAACUAGAACAAUGUAAUAGCAUGUGACUUAUCUAAAGUUGUUAAUUGGGUAGCAACGAUGUAAAACAACGUUAACCAAAUGUGUCUAUAUUGACAAUUGGCUACUAGUAAUAACAACGACAACAGUGGCAUAACAGCUGCUACAAUUAAAUGUCGGCACUUGGCGAAGACAUGCAUGUACGCUUAGGUACCUAUAUAUUUCUAUACUGCUGGUUUAUCUCCUUGUACUGAACAAUUUUUAUCCACACUUGUUUAUCUAGGCAAGUUGCAGAAAACAGCAAUUCUCCUGUCUUGUUUUGCCAUAAUGAUGUGCAACCAGGUAAAAAAUGUUAGGCAGUUUAUUUAUUAGCUAAAUGCCAGCAUAAUGUAUGUUUGCGAAAUUCGAGAUUUUUUUCACAAAUCAGUUUUACAAAUAUUCCCAAUUAAUUUUUGAGAUAUUUGGAACCAAAAUGUCCUGCCAUGCAUGCGCAUUCGCCAUCUUGUUUUAUAAUCAGAUCUUAUUCAAUGGCGUCACAACCAUAGGGUAUAGACGUUUUAAAACUGAAAAAUAAAAUCAGCGGAAAGCUUAUAACAUUGCUUGUGCUUUAAUUUACAAUCGACAGGAGUAAAGAAAAUCGGAUUUAGCGAAGAAAAUCUGUAAUAAUGUUUUUGAGAUAUAUCGAGUCUCUCUUCUAUAAGUGGCAGAAACUUAAUUUUUAUUGUUACUAAAUGCGAUUGAAUUAAUUUUCAAGACCGAAGUUGACUGACCAAUUAUCAAAAGUGCAUGUCGAAAAAAACACAACCAGAGGUCCAAAUUUUAUGUUGAGAUAGCUGUUGCCUGCACACUCAACAUGCACAUGAUGUUGUCCGCGGGCUUUGAAAAUUCUGGAUUGUCCCUGAAUUUAAUGUAAAACCCAGGCCUGCGAAGUCCUUGAAAGUCUUUGUUGGAUUGUUUUUAAAUUAUAUAUUACAAUAUCAUCAAUUGCUUUGCAGGCAAUCUUCUGGUGAAGACAUAUGAAAGUCUUUACGUUGCAAAAAUCAAAGUCAUCGAUUUUGAAUAUUCUUGUUACAAUUAUAG